CUAGCGUUCAAUGUUACUGUGGUAAAAGAUCCCAAUGGCCAACUCCGGCAAAUUUAAUGUUUUACUUGGUUUAACUGGAAGUGUUGCAAGUAUAAAGGCUUCUCAGAUUGUAUCUUCAUUAAUUGACGAAAAGUUCAACGUGAAGGUUGUCGUCUCGGAGAAUGCGAAACACUUCCUGGACAUACCGACAUUUCCCGUGCCGGUCAUUGACGACGCGGAAGAGUGGAAGGGCUGGAGCAAGCGAGGGGACCCUGUGCUGCACAUCGAGCUACGUCGCUGGGCGGACAUGAUGCUUAUAGCACCCUUAGACGCCAACACCAUGGCUAAAAUCGCGACAGGAAUAUGUGAUAACCUUCUCACAUGCGUUGUUCGGGCGUGGGAAAUGUCCAAGCCGCUACUGUUGGCGCCUGCCAUGAACACGUGUAUGUGGGAACAUCCGGUCACGCGGGAACAGCUGGUUCGCCUGAGGGGCUUGGGCUACAUCUACAUCCCUGUGGUGGAGAAGACACUUGUCUGUGGCGACUCAGGGCAAGGUGCAAUGGCUGAAGUUCCGACAAUCAUACAAACUGUUUGUGACGUCAGAGAGCGCCUCACUGCAAACGCCGGUGACAUUAUUGAAAUAAAAAAUGACGACAGAAAAAGGAAACAUGACGAUAACGGUGUUGAUUGUGCUUCUUGACCAUUUUUUGAAACACAGACUGCAAAAUCAAUUAAAGAUGCACGUUUGCAUGCAUUGACACACACAGACGAUAAGUAAGUCUGCAGUGUUUCACACAACAGGCAAAACCAUGUUGUGUCGCCUGCGUAGAUAAAUAAAAGUAUCGAAGCUGCUGAAGUGUCGAUGUUCGAGAAAAUUGCUUGCAACCUAAAGGAAUAAUGGAAUAAAUGUUGUGAGGUUAGAAUAAACUAGGUGGCAAUCAGAAAGCGAGACGUAGCUUUACAGCGCCUUUAAUACACUAAAUUAUAAUUGUUUACAAGUUAGAUAGCUGCCCAACUAUCCAUGGAAUUAUUUCCGUCAGAAUCGAACUACCCAUGUGCUAACCCAAUAGAAAGAAAAAUUGAAAUACAUGCCAACAUUAAAAUACGUAUAUCUAUGUAUAUCAAUGCAAGAGAAAUAUGAAACACUGCAAGCAAGCUAGCACGUACUGUACAGUCUAUAACGACACCUGAAUAUAACGACAUUUUCCUCAUACCUUUAAUGUUGUUUACAAUGUCUAUACCGACAAAAAAUUGGAAGUAUGUGAUAUAUUAAGUGCCACUUUUUACAUAGUUAUUUUGCAAACACUCUGGUGCUGUUGCCAGAUUUAUAUAUAUGAACUGUACCAAAUAAAUUCAGCACGGAAUAUUUAUAUAUUUAUGAUUUAAAGAACAUUCUGAAAAUCCACAACACUGUUAUGUUUUAAGUUUCUCCAUGCGACCAAUUCGCAUUGAUAACAUUAACAAUGUGUAGAAGAUCCAAUGAGUAUAUAACAUUUUUAUUUGCUAUGUAUCUAAAUGACUUGGAAGAAACUUUAAUCAUGAAAGGCCAUGAUGGCAUUGAUAUUGGUAUGUUUAAACUAUAUCUCAUUUUAUAUGCAGAUGAUAUAUGUAUUUUUUCUGAAACGGAAAAGGGACUACAAACUGGUCUAUCCAUACUUGAAGAAUAUUGUAAUACAUGGAAGCUAAAAGUAAAUGUCAGUAAAACAAAAAUCAUGAUAUUUAAAAAAGGAGGGCGGAGAUUAGGUAACAUUAUGUUUACUUAUAACAAUGAAGAAAUUGAAAUUGUUUAUAAAUUUAAUUAUUUGGGAAUUGUGUUCACCACAGGUGGAUCUUUUAAUACGGCCUUUGAAAGUAUAGCCGGUCAAGCCAUGAAAGCAAUUUACACGAUGAAAUCGUAUCUUGUUAAAUUCCCAUACAUUUCUGUAAGUCACAGAUUAGAUUUAUUUGAUAAACUUAUCGACCCAGUGAUAUGUUAUGGUAGUGAAAUCUGGGAAUAUUCAAAUGCACCAGUCUUAGAGAGAUUAUACCUUAGAUUUUAUAAGCAAUUACAUGUACUUGGAGUCAAAUUGCAGACGCAAAAUGUCUUUGUCUAUGGUGAAUUGGGCAAGAUGCCAUGUAAAAAUAGAACUAUGUACAAUGUCAUAAGAUACUGGACUAAGAUUAUAUGUACAUCAGAUAUUAAGUAUGCUAAACUUGAAUAUGAUGUUAAAUGACCUAGAUAUAUAUCCAAAUAAGCCAUCUUGGGCAAAGCAUGUUAGACUUGGUUAUUCCAGACUGUAGGAAAUGUAAGUUUGUUUUUAUAUCAUGUUAAACAAAGAAUAAGUGAUCAAUAUAAGCAAAAAUGGAAUGCAGAUAUAGAAAGUUCAAGUAGAGCAUUAACGUAUAGACUGUUUGCUGAUUUUAAAUUUCAACCAUAUUUAGAUAUUGUUAGCAUUGAAAAGUAUAGAAUCUCACUAACUAAAUUACGUGUUUCGUCACAUUGACUUUGUAAACCUUGAAAAAUAGUCAUGUUAUAUAGUAGAGUAGAGUAAAUUAUUUUAUAUACGUUUAUGGUAACAUAGUUUGGUUUAUUGGGAAAACAUAUACAGUAGGCAUAAGCCCAUAAGUACAGUAUACAAAUACAAUGGUUAGUACAUUCAUAUGGUUGGCGAUGAGUAGUGUGUACAUGUAGUAAGAUACAGCGAAAGGAGAGUAACUUGCAAUACAAUAAAUAAAUAUUUCAGGCAUUACUCAAUGUUUAAGUUUUAGGAAGGCACACACACACACACACACACGCACACGCACACACGCACACACACGCACACACACAUAUAUAUAUAUACUAGUUGUAAAAAAGUAAAUUUCUUGCAGCAAAUGCUUUAUGACAAAAUGUUGCUAUUUUUUCAAAACAACACAACUUUCUGAUUGUAAUACAUCUUUGAACUUUAUAACAUUAGCGUUGGUACGGUAAUAUCUGUUUAUUAGUGUUUGUCUUAGUUCUAUGAAACAUUCACAUUCGAAAAUAAAGUGAAAUUCGUCUUUUAAAGAGUUACAAAAUAAACAGACUCUUUCAUUAACUGGAAUAGGUGUAGGUUUGUUCCAUAUUUACACUAAAUACAAAUUAUGACCAUUGAUUUACUCUUUUCUUAUUGCUUUUGACAUGCAUUUUUUUUAUAUUUUUAACCAAACUAAAACCUGGUUAUUAGAAUGGUGUACGCCGUUGUUUCGGGUGGGCCGGCCAUGAGGGCAGCGUCAAACUUAUGGGAUAGAAUAAGUUUAGUUAGUUUGAAAAAUGGUGAUCAAACUUUGUGUAUAGGGAGAUAUUAUGGUGACCUUUCAUUCCAUUGCGUGCUGGGUUCAUUGGGUCAAGGUCAUGGUCACUGUUACUAUAAAAGAAAAAUGGUUGGUACUGAAUAAAUUUGGUUAGGGUUGACAUAUUGCAACCAAACUUGGUAUAUAUAGGACGUGUUUAUGGAUGCUUAACAUUGGGUUGCAUUCGGUGCCACUAGGAUGAAGGUCAAGGACACUGAAGAGUGCAAGAAA